UUUGAACCAAACAAACCCGUAGAGACAACAUAUUUAUCUUAAACCCUAUUUUGAAGAAGCAAAGUAUAACUAAUAACUAACUCCUAAACGAAAUUCACUAUUCAAUGCUUGCAUUGCACGAACAGAGAUACCAAAACUGCACUUCCAUUCAACCCCAUGAUCGGGUAAGUAAUAACUUAAGCGAAUGGGCCUUUGCCAGCCUAAUCACCACUCCGUCCUUCAUUAUAUAUAUGAAACAAACCUUGAAUUCUGAAUUGUCGUUACAAAUUACUACACACUGUUCCAAUGGGUGAAGACCGAUCCGAAAUAGUGUUCUUCGAUGUGGAGACCAGCGUUCCCACCCGAACGGGGCAGGGUUUUGCGCUUCUGGAAUUCGGCGCCAUUUUGGUUUGCCCCAAAACGCUCACGGAGCUUCGGAAUUACUCUACUCUCGUUCGUCCCGCCAACCUCUCCGUCAUCUCCCCCUUGUCGGAGCGCUGCAAUGGCAUCACCGCCGCCGCCGUCUCCGCCGCCCCUUCCUUCGCCGACAUUGCUCACCUCGUUUACGACCUCCUUCACGGGAGGAUUUGGGCGGGGCAUAAUAUCAUACGAUUCGACUGUGUUCGGAUUAGAGAUGCCUUUGCUGAGAUUAAUCAGCCGCCGCCUGAACCUAAGGGAACCAUUGACUCGCUGGUUUUGUUGACUCAAAAGUUUGGAAGAAGAGCUGGUGACAUGAAGAUGGCUACUCUUGCUACUUAUUUUGGGCUUGGACGUCAGACACAUAGGAGCUUGGAUGAUGUUCGGAUGAAUCUGGAAGUCCUCAAAUACUGUGCAACAGUUCUAUUCUUGGAGUCAAGUCUCCCAGAUAUAUUCACUGCAAAUAGUUGGGUUUCACCAAAUUCUAUUACAAGAAGCCGCAGUAAUGAGAAGUCUCUAUCGCAGGGGGGCUUAUUAAAUAUUAAUAAAGAUUCUGUAUUAUCAUCUCCUGCAACCGAAUCCAAGGACAAAAAUCAUCCAAUAAUUUCUUUUGCAUUGAGCAGCCUAAAAGGGAAUGUCCCAAAUAUUGCAGAUCCUAAUAUAGAUCAAUCGGAUCCUUUUAACUUGAGCGCUCUUGAGGCUGAAAUAAAAAGAGAAUCCAUUAAGUCAGAUGCUGCCAUGGAGGAAAAAACCAUGCAAGAGUCACCUGAUUUGGCUUCCUCAUCUUCUGUAUCUCAGCCUUGCAGCAGCUCUAUUGCUGUUUUAGAACCUGAUGGAAUAUGUAUCCCUUUUAUUGAUGCAUCUCUUGUUCCAUCUUUCCUUGGCAGUCAAAGGAUAGAAUUACUGCAUGAAGGUUUCCCGUUUCUGCUUCAUUGUACUGAUUUGAAAGUGCGGUUUGGAAUAAACUCAAGGUUUUUUGAUAGGGCUGGCCGGCCACGAUUGAGUUUUGUGGUUGAUCCAUCACCAAGUCUAUGUAAUGUUCUUGAUGCCUGUGACCGUGUAGCACAGAAGUUAAACAUGGAUUCUGGUAGCAGCUCUGAUUGGAGGCCUGUUGUUAUUAGGAAAGAAGGCUUCUUCAACUAUCCUACUAUCAGAUUGCACAUACCUACAGCUGUUGUGGCAGAUGUUGAUAUUUAUGCUACGGAAAUAUACCAAAGAGAAUCAUCUGGAACAGUGCAAAGACUUCUCUUCAGCAAGUUUGAUGCUGCAGAACUUGGUUCGUUGUUCAUGCCUGGGACAUUUGUUGAUGCCUUCUUAUCCUUAGAUCCAUAUGAUUAUCAGCAGAAUGCAGGGAUUAAAUUAGUUAGCAAAAAAUUGAUCAUUCAUGGCAAAUAGAAGGAAGUUGAGAAUUAAGUAUAGGUUAGUUAUUACAUGCGAAGGUUGAUAGAUUAAAUAUUGGUUAUGCUGUAAAGUUGAUUCCAUUUCAUGUUUGUAGUUCAAUUGAUGUCCUCACUGAUGUCCUCAACUCCAUCUAGACCUACAGGAUGAAUUUCCUCUCCUGUGGCAAAAAAAGAAUAAAUAAGAAUUAGAAAAAGAACAUGGAAUUAUUGAUUCAAAA